CGUUCCAACGACAUCUCUGCUACGCCGGAAAUAUUUCACGGCCGAAGGAAGAAUCUGGUCCUACCAUUUAUAUCACAGACUAUGGCAAACCCUUCCCCUUCCAAGUCUUCUGCCGCCGCGAAUGUGGGCAACGAUGGAGAACCAGUGGACAAGAUCCAACGCGGUAACUACACAUUCAGCACCGCAGGGACAGCAACUUGGAUCGGCCUCCGGGUUCUAGAUCCCUUCAUCCAAUACAAUCUCCUGUUCCGGGGUGCAGGUGACAACAUCCUAACCCGCAUAGGUGUCACAACCACCAGUUCUGUCCUAGCUGGCUCAUCCUCUGCUCUAUCUAAACCCCGUUGUAUCCUCCUUGGCAUGUCAGCAGCCGCAGUGGCGAAGCAUAUCUACUGGAUUCUUGGGCUCAAUCAAGAGUAUUUCCCGCCAUCAUUCGCAACGUUCAUCUCAGCCUUCAACCUCGCAUUCGAUACGACAGCUACUUUCCUUCUGCUUUCUUCCAAAACCUCUGCUGCUCUUUCAGAACCUCAGAUCAGUAUUCCCUACACCAAUGGCCUCUCCUUGCCUUUGAACGUUGUGGUCGGAACGUUGAUGUUCUCUGCGGGACUCCUGGUCGAAACCGUGGCCGAAGUGCAGCGGAAAUGGUUCAAGAAAGAUCCUAAAAACAAAGGAAAGAUCUUUACUGGGGGACUGUGGCGACUGGCGAGACAUAUCAACUAUGGAGCGUAUACAAUUUGGCGCGGAGGAUACAUGCUUGCUGCAGGUGGAUGGGCACCGUGCGUGAUUCUCAUGGCAUUCUUGUUGCGGGAUUUCUUGAGCAAUUCGAUCCGGGGAAUGGAUAAGUAUAUGGGGGGGAAAUAUUCUGAACAGUGGGAAGAGUACAAGGCCAGGGUUCCUUGGUUAAUGUUUCCGGGAAUCUUUUAAAAGAGGCGUUCAUGUUGGAGAUAGGACGGUGUGUAUUAUGUGUCUGCUUUUCGGGAGAAUCAAUACCUUCACCUUGACAAUCUCAUCAGCUUGCACUUAAACCCCAUAUAUGCAGCUCUCCACAAUAAAGAUCCUAAUAGGGUACAUAAAAGGCC